UGUUUUGAUAGAAGACGUUUUAUGGGAAUGUUCCAUCAGGGACAGGCAUGUGGGAGGGAUCAGUCAGUGAAACAGAGGGGCGGAACCCUGAUCAGACCCUUCAGCUCCCCCAAAUUCACAUCGCACACUCUUCAAGACAUUGCAGCUUAAACACAAAGAGGGAAGAACUCGCCAUCACAACUUGAAGGAUAAAGGAAUUUACGCAUUUUAACAUGGCCUCAAUGAGAAUAGCUCUUUGUCUUGGAGUCUACAUGUCUGCUUGGAUUAUCACAGUUGCAGAUGAACAUGCACCACAAGCCGAGAAUGUACUUUGGGUAUCUCUGGAUUUUAAAACUCUCCUCAUGUGGACUACAACGCCAUCAACAAACACGUUUACUGUCCAGUAUUCUUGGGACAACAGUGAAAAGUGGAUUAAAAGUCCCAACUGCAUCCAAAUAGAAGAGACAGAGUGCGAUCUAACCACUGACCUUGAACCUCUCGAUAGGACAUAUACUGCUAAAAUUCAAACAGAACCUACAGACUAUGACAAUGGGGAUGACGAUUUACCUCACACUUACUCACCACCCUUCAACCCUUAUGGGCAGAGUGAGAUUAGUGCAGCAAAUUUCACUGUGGAGGUUGUGGAAGAAGGCAAAGUGAGAGUCAACAUCGAAGAUCCUCUAACCAGUUUCCACAAAUACGGGAGGCAACUCACCAUCAGAGACAUUCUUAAGGGUGACCUUCAGUACAAGAUCAGCUAUUACAAGUCUGGAAAUACAGGAAAGAGAGACAUCAUAUUCAAGUCCAAUAAAGGAGAAGUGUCUGGGUUGGAUGCAGAUCAAAGUUACUGCUUCAUGGUGGCAGCUUUCAUCCCCUCAAGAGACAAACUGCACCAGCAAGGAGCCUGGAGCAUCCAGCAGUGUACCCCCGGACAAAAAAAUGUCUUUCAAGAGCUGAGUCUCGGAGCUUUGGUUGGUGGACUUUUUAUCCUGCUAUUAAUUCUCAUUGUCAUCAUCACAGUGACAGUUGUAUGCUGCAGACGAAGAAACAGAGCCUCGCAAAUAUAUCAGUCAUCUACAGUUGUUUAAAUUAAUGAGAAUGUGUGUGUGUGCUUAAAUGACCCACAUUAUCUGUAUGUUUUAAUUUGGGGUCAAGUCCAAACUUGUUAACAUCACCCGAGGAAGCUGGUCUUCCUCUGUGUACUGUGUGUGUGUGUGUGUGUGUGUGUUCACUACAACAUUUUAUAUGCCUCUGCACUAAUGUUAUAUUGUAUUUUUAUACUGUGGCUACAUUGCAACCACAAAAUAUUUACAAUGUGUGUAGAAAAAAAUACAUUAUGGGUUUAAUAUUAUUAAAAAAAAACAAAAAAAAACUUGUGUCUAGAUAGCAAAUGGACCAUACCUUAGCUAGAAACGCCAAUAAGUAUUUCCUUAUUCCAUUCCCAUCAAUAGUCUACAAUUGCAUUUCUUUCUUUCAAUGCUUCUAGCCAUUUUAUUUACACUGUAAUUCUUUAAAAGCCCUCAAGCCUGUUUCACAUCCGUAACCAUCAAUAUGAGGGCUUUAGGGUCAUCUGGUGAACUUUUAUCAGAAUCUCAGUUACAUUAACCAACUUCUCUCCACUCUUUUUUUUUUUUUUUUGCUUUUUUUUUCAUUGAAUUCAUAUCAUUUCUGGAACUAACUUUUGUUGAUCAAAAGUAUGCCAAUACUAUACAACUUUGAACUCUCUCUCUUGCUUUUUUUUAUGUUAAGAUGCAGUGUACAUGAAAUACAACUGAUCUAUGACCUACAGCAACAAUACAGUAUCAUUUUGCAUCUUAAUUUUCUUGCAUUGUUUUUCCUUUUAACAAAUUAUCAGUGAUAGAUAUUAGAGAACCAGGGUCAAAUAAAGGUCAAUGAGAUUA